AAUGGGUGACAGGGGUGGGGAGGCAGUGGUUGGCUGAGUGGUGGGAGAUUGGCUGGGAGGCGGGUUAUUCUACCAUCAGCCAAUCCGCUUCCUAGCCUCCCGAGCCCCGCCCACGCCGUCCCCAUAGCCAAUCGGGGCGGGGCGGGGCGGGGCCUGUGCGUGGCUGCUCUGCGCCCUGCUGGAAGACUUUGAAGUUGGGGCCCGAGGCGGGGCCGGGCUGCGGCGCUGCCCGCGGGCCAUGGAGCGGCGGCCGGCUGGGUCCCUGGGGCCGCUCUCUGAGGAAACCUUUCUCCGCCUGGCCGAGGCCGGGGUGCAGAGCCCCGAGUUCACCGCGCUCUGCGCCCAGCUGGUGGCGGAGCUCCGAGCCCUCUGCCCCCUGGAGGAGGACGUCAGUCCCACCAGCGGCCCUGAAGAUGCCGAGACCUUCCAGAUUGAGCUGAGCGGGCUGCUGCAAGAGCUGCACUGCCCCUAUGCCACGCUCGCUACGGGGGACGUGACUGCCCGGCUGGGCAGCGCCCAUAGCUGCCUCCAGCUGCUGUACUUCCUGAGCUCAGAGCUGCAGGCCGCCCGGCUCCUGAGCUGGAAACGCCCCCCUUCGCCCCGGCAGGGAGAGGGGGCCGACGCUGCCCGGCGGGAGCUGCGGCUCAUCAGCCAGGCACUGGGCAGGCCGGAGCCAGCCCCGACCUGCCCCGUUCCCCAGCUCCUGGAGGACAUAAAAUCCAAGGUAGCAGAGGCCCUGUCGGCGCUGCCCCCCGGCCACCAGGAGAUGGCGCCGCUGCUGAGGGUGCCGCUGACGGCUCAGCAGUGGGAGGUGCUGGAGGGGAUCCGGCGAGCCCUGUGCGCUGAGUACGAAUGCCGCAAGCGCAUGAUGAUCACACGCUUCAACGUCACCCUGCAGUCCUUCCACUGGUCCGAGAGGGCGAAGGCCCACGGCGCCGCCCUGCUGGCUGCCCUCUCCCCGCUGCGGCAGGCUGAGUCGGUCACCUCCGGCGUCACCCUGGCCCGGCUGCUGGCCACCCGCGAGGACGCCUCGCGCAUUGUCAGCGCCAGCAGCGGGCGCUGCCGCCACCGGACCAGCUGCGCCAUCAACAAGGUGCUGAUGGGCGGCGUCCCGGACCGAGGGGGCCGCCCCAAUGAGAUCGAGCCCCCCAUGCCCACCUGGGAGAAGAGGCGCGAAGGGGGGGGAGGCCAGCAGCGCUGGGGCCGACGGGGCAAGAAGAAGAAAUGAAGCCCGCUCCAUUUCUGCCGGGAGCUCCCUCCCACACACACACUGCAGGGGGGACGGGCAGAACAUCCGGAGGGGCAAAGACUCAAGGACUCUAGAGCCCCCCUAUGCAGAGUGGGCGGUGGAGGGGAGUUGGGGCUCAGAGGGGCUGCUGCCCCCUACAGCCAGGGGGUGAUAGAGCAGCUACUGAUCAGAGGUCAGGACGCCUGGGUUCUGAUCCCAGGUUUGGGAGGGGAGUAGGGUCUGGCGCUUAGAGCAGUGGGGGCUGGGAGCCAGGACUCCUGGGUUCUAUCCCCAGCUCUGGGAGGGGAGUGGGGUCUGGUGGCUAGAGCAGGGGGGCUGGGAGCAUAAUAAGUAAGGCUUGGAAACUCUUGGGAGUGUACCAUGUUGCCCUUAACACAUCGCCCAGCAGGGGGUGCUGCAUCUUUUGCCUUGGCAAGCGGAACUUGGAGCGGAUUGUUUUGGAAGAGGCUGCUGGGGGGGGAGGAUGAUUGUCGUUUGUAAACUGAGGCACGAGGAGGUUGCCUUGUUGGCAGGGAGGGGGAAGGUCCCACUCUGAGGACCCUGGCGGGCUGCGUUAGGGGGCUGGCAGGUUUAUCUAUGUUGUAAAUUUCAGGCUGUGGCCUCGGUCAAGGGGUCGGUUUGUGCUGUGAUCGUUCCCCACCCUCACAUUCUUAAAUGGAUCUGAAGGGACCUUCCGAGGGGAUUAAAGUGUCAAAGCAAAA